AUGGCCUUUUUCUCCCAACUAGAUCUGCAGGAAGCCCUCCGAGUAUUUGCUGUAUCUCAGUGGAUUCCAGUCUAUGCAAUUUUAGGAUGUAUUUCCCUCUUCGGUAUACCCUAUUCCAUCCUGUUCAGUAAAUUAUGGCCCUUGGCUGUUCUCUGCUUUGCCUGGCUUGCCUAUGAUUGGAAAACCCACACUCAAGAUGGUAGGCGUUCAGAUUGGGUACGAAACUGGACCCUCUGGAAGUAUUUCCAAAGCUACUUCCCAGUAAAGCUGGUGAAGACUCAUGACCUUUCUCCCAAACACAACUACAUCAUUAUCAACCAUCCCCAUGGUAUUCUGUCUUUUGGUGCCUUCAUCAACUUUGGUACUGAGGCCACUGGCUUUUCCAAGUUGUUCCCUUCUAUAACUCCCUAUUUAGCAACAUUGGAAGGGAUCUUCUGGUUGCCAGCUGUACGAGAGUAUGUGAUGUCCAAGGGUAUAUGUCCAGUGAGUGAAUUGUCCCUGAAGUAUAAGCUGACCCAGAGAGGCUCAGGCAAUGCUGUGAUCAUUGUAGUGGGCGGAGCUAAUGAAGCCAUCUUGUCCAACCCAGGAGUCUCCAUACUCUACCUAAAAAGUCGUAAAGGUUUUGUGAAGCUGGCACUGAAGACAGGAUCAUACCUUGUCCCUUCUUACUCCUUUGGUGAGAAUGAGGUUUACAACCACACGGUCUUUCCUGAAGGCACAUGGCUAAGGUUUUUCCAAAAACACUUCCAGAAAACUGGCAAAAAGCUCUUCGGCAUAAAUUUCUGUACCUUCCAUGGCAGGGGCUUCACUCAGAAAUCCUGGGGCCUUGUUCCUUUCAAACAUCCAAUUACCACUGUUGUUGGAGAACCCAUUCCAGUCCCCAAAAUCAGUGAUCCUGACAAUGAGACGGUGGAAAAGUACAGUGAACUUUACAUCAGUGCCAUACGAAAGCUGUUUGACCAACACAAAGCUGAAUUCGGCUACUCUGCGACCCAGCAGCUGACAAUUAUAUAA